UGCUUCUCAGACUCUCUCAGUCUGUGCAAGAAUUCCUUCUUCUUCUUCUUCUUCUUCUUCUUUUUUGGUUUUUCUAAGGGCUCUUCCUCACGAGAAAUCCGGAGCUUCCGAAAACAAAAGAAGAACGAGGAAAACUUCUUUCCUUUCCAAUCUCAUUCGAAAUCCGAAAGACAAACGUCCCCGUAUCUCGCUCUGGGAUUUUUGUCUUAUUUCGCUUCGUGGUUUUUGGAUUGCUCUGUUUUCUUGGGGGGCGCGCUCGUGGAAGACCGAGAGCGUCGAAGGUGAUUUUCGAUUGCCCGGUGCUGCGUGUGUGGUGGUCUCGGCGGGGGUUUCGUUUCGUUGAUCCGACUGGGACUUUGGAGUUGCUUUUGAAUCUUUCAUUUGAGAGGGACCGAAGAAGAAGAGCUCUGAAGAGUGCUGCUGAAGCUUCCCAAAUUUGGAUCCAUUGAAGAGAAGAGCAUUGAAGCGAGCGAGCGAGAGAGAGGAAAAGGCAAAAAAGACGAAGAAGAAGAAGAAGAAGAAACGAAAAAAGAAGCGAGAGACUGAGAAAAGGACAGGAACAGUUGCUGUUAGCUUCGGCCCCCAUUGAUUGUGCGAAAGCGAGCGGAGAUGUUCACGUGCAUAGCCUGCACGAAGCAGAUGGCGGACGGCGACGGCGACGAGGGCGGAGGUGCGGCGGCGCGUGGCAGCGGCACCCCGAAUUCCAAAGAAGCCGUCAAAAGCCUGACCACGCAGAUUAAGGAUAUGGCAUUGAAGUUCUCCGGCGCCUAUCGUCAGUGCAAACCCUGCACGGGCUCUCCCAGCUACAAGAAAGGCGACCGGCCGUUUCCGGACUUCGAUACGGUCUCGGAGGGCGUCCCGUAUCCGUUCAUUGGAGGCGGGAGCUCCAGCUCGACGCCGGCUUGGGACUUCACGGGCCCCGGUCGUCAUCAAACCUCGAGGAUGGACUCGAGAUUUGCUGGGGGGUUCGGCGGGGACCGCACCCCAGGGAAAGCAUCCGUCUCGGCGCAAUCCGACGUGGUGUUGGAGGAAGAGGAGUCCAAGGAGUGGAUGGCACAGGUCGAGCCCGGCGUGCACAUAACGUUCGAGUCUCUGCCUAAUGGAGGCAAUGAACUAAAGCGAAUCCGCUUCAGUCGCGACAUGUUCGACAAGUGGCAAGCUCAGCGAUGGUGGGCAGAGAACUACGACCGGAUCAUGGAGCUCUACAACGUCCAGAGAUUCAACCGUCAUGCUCUUAACACUCCGGCGCGAUCUGAGGACGAGUUUCAGAGAGAUUCAUCAUACUCGAGGAUGGGAUCUGCGAUGGAAAGCCCGAUGGUUCCGUCUGCGACCCGAGAGUGGAUGCCAAGGAGUCACCAGAAGCCUGCCGGCAGUAAAGGGUACUUCCCGUCAUCCGAGCCAUCUGAUCUAGGUGGUCGCCACUACAACGCAGGGUCCAGCGCUCACGGGAUGGCAGCAGGUGGUGGGAAGGGUGAGAUGGAGGCGUCUCGCACCACAACCUCAUCGAGGGACGAGGCAUCGGUUUCCUACAGCAAUGCCAGUGAAGUGGAGACCGAGUGGAUUGAGGAAGACGAGCCCGGCGUGUACAUUACCAUUAGGCAGCUUGUCGACGGAACUAGGGAACUGCGGCGAGUACGAUUUAGCCGUGAACAGUUCGGGGAAGUUCGCGCGAAGACGUGGUGGGAAGAGAACAGGGAAAGAAUACAAGCUCAAUACCUAUGAAAUCCAGUCAUUUUUUUAUUCCCUUCUACACAGUUCUAUAGUUAGUUGCAGUCGAAGAUGAAAUCGGAAGUAGUCUCACAGGAUUUCAAAUUCUUUCAUUCGGUAUAUUUCUUGAGAGUUAUGAUUAUGAUUCUAUCUUUUUCAUCGAUCGAGUUAUUUAAUGUCGAAAUGGAAUUACCAUAACCUUUCUAGUGGUCGAAAGGAACGACACAGUUGUAGAGUCGGACCGCCAUUUUCUCUUUCGGCGAUGAUCAGAAUUUUGUUCUGCAGCGGGGGCAGGUUUUCAGCGGACGAAAUGUAACUCGGGAAUGCUACAGAAUUCAGUGAAAUUGAUCUUCAUAUUUGUUCAGAUUC